AUAGAAAACCACAAUAAUACCAAACGAAAACUUUUUCACACUAUCAAAUCGUUUCGAUUACUUUGGAACACAGGGAGUAAAUCGUUUCGAUUACUUUGGAACACAGGGAUUAAUUGAUAUCAUAUACUCCGUAGGAUAGUUAAUGGUUAGUUACAUUGAUAUCUUAACUAAUGUUUGACACUUUUCCUCAAAAACAAAGAAAGUUGAAGGAGAGUUUCGCAGACAGAAAACCUAAAACAAUGAGUAGAGAUCAAAAGAUCACUACUGAACAAGUCAUUUCCAAGCUCAAAGAUGAUGGCGAUUUCGACCGUCUUCGCUUCAAAAUCGUCCGUCAACUCAAACAAAACGAGGAUUUGCGUAACAAUAUUAUUUCAGUGGUUAAGCAGUCCACUGCACUUAAUCGUCCUGGUGCAGAAAAUAUGCAAGCCAGGAAACUUUGUGACGCAAUUUAUGAAGAAAUUCGUGAAAAGGCGAUGAAUCAAAUUUCAGAUGGCUUAUGGGAGAUUAUUCGAUCAGGUGAUGACAUGAAAACUGAAAUAAAAGAAACAGUUCACUCAGUCUAUGAUAAACUACUGAAUCCUGAGCGGAAAGCGAUUGAUUCAACGUCUUCCUCAGGUCAAGUGCCAGUUGGUAGAGGAACUGAGUUUAAUGGUCAUGUCAUUGUUUCUGGGGAAAGCAAUGGUAUAAUGUCUAAUGGAGAGCAUAAAGAAGCCUCAGGUUUCUCUUUGCAUAAUAAUACUGCCACAAACAAUCAUGAUUCAAAACCCGAGACACAGCAGCCUCAUCCUGGUAAUAAUAGUUUCACUGAACAGGGUAUAGAACCUCAUUGGCUCAAUGGUCCAUUGCAGUCCAAAAAAGGUGAUUCCAGUUCACCUCCUGGCUAUUCCUCAUCAGGAAAGCGCAAGCGAACUUCCGAUGCCCAUGCCCAUGCCGAUGCAGAUGCAGAUGAAGACCCUGAUAUUCCACCAGGUUUUGGUUAACCAGCCUCACUAAUUAUAGAGAUGAAGCAUGAUUAGCCUUUUAACCACGAACACUUUUGUACUUUCUUUCUUUUUUUAGGGUAAGGAGGACUCUAACUAGAUUUCAAUUCUCAAAGUUUAGUUUUUAUUUAUUUUUAUUUUUUUUAACCAUUGUUCGCGGGCCAGACACUUAUAAAUGAAGGGGAAGGUUAAGAGAUUCUUUCCUUCAAGUACCUACAGUCAGGAGAAUUUAACCUUGUAAUCUCGGUUACAAGGUGAAUUCCUAACUAACUACACCGAGCCAUCUUGGUACAAAUACUUUUGUAGUCACUAAUUCUUUUCAGAGUAUUGUUAACUUGUCAAGUGCUAUCGGUAGAAUUAUCCAAGUAUAUAAAUUGUAAUUGUUUCAGUCACACGUUUUAUAACAAUUUAUUUGUUAAUGUUGAUGAAAAGUUUGUUUCUGUACCA